AUGAGCCAGGGAGGCCAAGAUGCGAAGCUGUUCGCGCGGGGCAAAGUCGCGGAGCUGCGCCUCGAGCUCAACAGCGGCGGCAAGAAGGAUAAGAACUUUGCCGCCAAGAAGACGGCCCUCAAGAAGAUUGUCGCAAACAUGACCAUGAGCAACAACGACAUGGUCGCCCUGUUCCCCGACAUUGUCGGCUGCAUGCACAUCCCGAGCCUCGAGAUCAAGAAGAUGUACGUCGUCGAGUCUCUCCCAGCACCAAUCACACGCACUACAUGGACUACAUGGACUACAUGGACUACAUGGACUACAUGGACUACAUGGACUACAUGGACUACAUGGACUACAUGGACUACAUGA